CCCAAGUAUUAAUUUAAUUCAAUAUUUGACUUUGUUUUUCCCUUGAUUUUUUUUAACUAUACGCGGAACGGUUUGCCUGGGAACAGUGGUAACAACUACGGAAGUAUAUGUGAACAGGACACCUCCGGACUUCUAAAACGGUAGCACCAGUUGGAUACAUGUGAGUAUCAGUGUUAUCGUGGAUACGGAGAGAUGCGGCGACUGUACGUUGGCGGUUUGAGCCACACAGUCACUCAGAAAGAUCUGAAAGAUCGAUUUGGAAAGUUUGGGGUUGUGGAGGAUGUGGAACUGCGGACCAGGAGAGACGAGGAGGGCGUUCCUUACAAAACCUUUGGCUACGUUAACAUCAAUAUUUCAGAUGCUGACCUGAAGAAAUGUUUGACGGUGCUUAACAAAUCCAAAUGGAAAGGAGGAACUCUGCAGAUUGAAACAGCCAAAGAGAGUUUCCUGCAGCGACUGGCUGAGGAGCGGCAGGCAGCAGCAGAGCAUCAUCUCCAGACGCCAGCAGCCGAAGACAAGAAGCAGAAGCUUCUGGACUCAUUUAGCAAAGCCGGCGUGGACAACUUCACCAUGAAGGCUGCGGUGCCGGGGACUGAAAUACCAGGACACAAGGACUGGGUGGUCAGUAAAUUCGGCCGGGUCCUCCCCGUCCUGCAGCUUAGGUGUCGGAAAGGCAGCAAAGCUCGAACCGUGAAGUACGACCCAUCAAAAUACAGCCACAACAUCCGAAGGCUGGACCAGACAUCUGCGGACCAGUCCACACCUGUCUCCCAGCUCACCUGGGAGGUUGAGGGAGGCGACGAUGACAUCAGCAAGAAGAGGCGGGGUGAGUUCCCCCAUUAUGAGCCACCAAGACCCAAGAGGACCCGAACAGAACUGAACAGCUUCCAUAACAGAUCGGAGCAAACCGUUUCCUCUGGUCGCCACACUGAAGCCCAUCUGCUCACCAACGGGUCCGAACCUCCUAACAACUACAGACUGGCUCAAAGGAAGGUGGCACGUUUUCCAGACAACGAUGUCGACUCAGAUGAGGAAAUCCGCUGGCUGGUGGCGGCUCAGCAGACUUCCCAUGGUGCACUGCAGCAGCAGGAGGAUGAUGAGGAGGAUCGCCUGGAGGUGGUGGGACUCGACUACCUGGUUCAGUCUGGACGCAAAGGUGAGGAAGAUGAGGAUUGUUAUGACUCAGCUGACACAGAUGAACUGUUUGCAUCCAGAAAAAAGCCUCCCCUUCCUCAAGAGGAAACUUUGCUCCCUACAGCUGAGCAGCUCUCAGGAAACCAGAAAGACAAAAAGAAAAACAGGAAUAAGGGAAGUAAAAUCAGAGAGGAAGAGGAUGAGGAAGAGCGUGUACAGCUGACCUCUAAGAGGCUUUCAUCCACAAAACAGAAAGGCAAACAGAGAAAGGAAACGGUGGUCGUGCCUGUAAUGCAACCAUCCUCCUCCGAAUCAGAUAGUAGUGAUGAUGAUGAUGAAGAGGAAGAAUCAGCAGAUUCAUGUCCAGAUUCUGAUUAUGAAGCCAUGUUUUCUAAUGUCACCCAUCUGGAGAUUUCAUUGGCUGAUCUGCAAAAAGUCGCUGAAGAAGUCCAUCAGACCACAGAGACCACAGCUUCCAGCAUUCCCAGUUCCGGCUCCCUCCUGGAACUAGAACCUGACCUCGGGUCCAGUCCCGCAGAGCAACCCACACCCAAGAAAGGCACCACGCCCGAGGAGAUCCUCGCUGCCAUCCUAGAGGAAGACAGCAGCGAGGAUGAAGAUCAGAAUAAAAAAAAGAAGAAAAGAAAGCGUGUAGCGUUGACGCCGCUGCCCGCCUUCCAGGGGACGAGAUCGCUGAGCGACAUGUCGGAAACAGACGAGGGUCAGAGGAGACGGGAGGAGGAGGAGGAGGAGGAGAGGAAGAAAGACACUCAGCCUGUUCUUACAGUUAAAUCUACAGCAGAACCUUUAUCUUCAUCUUCGUCCUGCAGCUCCUCUGAGGAAGAUGAGGAAAUAAACAUUUCUGUAAAAGACUCUGUAGAAGCAGCGCCAAGCGAGUCCUCGUCCAGUGAGGACGAUGAGGAGGAAGGGUGUGUUGCUCGCAGGGUGGCGUUAGGAGCCAAGGAGGAAGAGGAGCUCCAGAGGAUCGCCAACAUGAGGAGGCUAGCUGCUCUGCAGAUGAGACAGAAAGAGGCUGAAGAACACAAGAGGCUCAUCCAGGGAGCUCUAGCCAACCUGGAUGCUGCAGCUCCAAAAGCAGGGAAACACAUUGUUUUUGGUUCUGAGGAUGAGGAUGAGGGUGAUGAAGAUAAGCAGCAGACACUCUCAGAAAUCACGACAUCAAAGAACAGCCUAUUCCAGGACAGCCAGUUAGAAGAUGAAUCCACAGAUGAUGAAGCAGCAGCCAGUCAGAGCGGCAUGAAAAGCAGAAAGGUGAAGCCUUCAGGCCCUCAGCUGUUUGGUGGCAGUGAAGAUGAGGAGGAUGGUCAUGAAGAGAAGGAUGCCAGCAGAUUUGAUAUCAGGCCUCAGUUCGAAGGUCAAGCAGGACAGAAGCUGAUGGCUUUACAGUCUCGCUUUGGGACAGACGAGCGUUUCCGCAUGGACUCUCGCUUUCUGGAGGAGGAGGAGGGAGAGGAGGAGACAGAAGCAAAGAAGAGCCUGACGGAGGAGGAUGAGGCUCUGGAGGAGGAGAGGAAGAAGAGCCUGUCGAUUCUGCAGAGCGUCCUCGGGAACAGCCACCAGCCCAGCAGCAGCAAGACAGACGGCAAGGCCAAAAAGUUCAGAGAUGUGUCAGCGCUGCAUUACGACCCCAGCAAAGAGGAACACGCUGCCUUUGAAACCAAAACAGACGAGACCAAGAAGGAGAGCAAGUCGGCCAGGAGGAAGAAGAGGGAAGAGGCUCAGAAGCUUCCUGAAGUUUCUAAAGAGAUUUAUUAUGAGGUGUCCGGCGAUCUGAAGGCCGUGUUUGGUCAGACGAAGGAUGCUGAAGGGGAGGAGACCAACUGGGACAAAGUGGAGGAAGAAGAGGGAGGAGGGGAGGAAAAAGAAGAGCUGUUGUCAUCUUUCCUCACAGCUGAUCCCAGCACCAAGGAAGAGGAACCCUCUGGAUUUAAAUUUUCCUUCUUUGGAGACAACGCGGAAGAAGGAGGAGAAGAGACGACUGAAUACAAGGUGGAGAACAUCCAGGCUCCAAAGGUGUCCUGGCAACAAGACCCACGUUUCCAUGACAGCAGCUCAGAGGAGGAAGAGGAGGAGCAGGAGAAAGAUGAAGAGCAAAGCAGUAUUAAAACCACAGAAGAAGAGACGCCUUCCAAGCCCGAUUUCUUCUUCUUCCAUCCCGAUGACCUCAGGCUCAAAGAGGGUCCCAGGUUGUUUUGUCGAACGUCACAGCUGGAGGAGAUGAGGGAGGAGUGGGAGGAGAGGAGGACCACCCUCAGACUGGAGUACCGCAAGAAGCACAAGGACGCCCAGAGGAAGCUGACAGCCUCCUUGAAGAGCUAAGGAUUGUGGGACAUGAAGUCUGUUUUAUUUUCAGUCUCACCGAACCGGACCUAAAAAAUGAAUAAAAAUCACCAGCUGGCACAGUUUCUUCUUCUGUGCCUUUUUUUUCUUCCUCGCAAGAGUGAAGCUGCUGAUGAUAAUUUAAUUGGAAAUAUUUUAUUCAAAGUUGCCACAUAUUUUUGUGCUCAGUGGUUUCUUGGCGUCACCAUGGUAACAAUGCUGUCAAUGAACUGAUGGACGAUGUGCAACCGCCAGUCAUCUACAGCAGAUCAAACCUGGACUACACUCGUUCUGGUUUUUUUUUUUGUUGUUUUUUUUACAGUUUAUUUCAUAUGAAAUGUUACUCAGUCUCAUGUGUGCUGUUUGUUUUGGUCCUCUGAACCACAUCAGUCAUUCAACUCUGUAAAAUUAACUAAUUUUGUUUAGUUUAUUCUCAGCAAGAAUAAUUACAGAUCAUUAAAUCUGCAAUAAAUACUGCAUAUCUCAUCAGUUUUGACCAGCACUGCUCUGGAUAAAAAGGUGUUAAUCCUUCA